AUGACAGCACAUAGACUGCGAUUAUUACGCGAGGAGAUUACUUAUUCUGAUGCCAAAGAAAAGGAAAUAAAUCUUCUGCAUCGGUUGCAGUACCCGGAUCAGCAAGCUCGAUUCUUUGCCUCGCUCGAUGACAGACGGGACUGGAUCCAAGCCGUCGUGGCCCAUCAUCUGUCCUUAAAUUCGCCCAAAACUUUGACUGUGGGUCACCCGCGAGGUGGCCUUCAACGCAACAAGCGCGUUCUGCUUCGAAUUCCCUUGCCGUAUUGCAUCGGUGAAGCGUUCAGACCCGGAAAUGGCGACGAGAAAAUUCGCUGCGAGGCCGCUACUUAUGCCUGGAUUGAGACCAACUGUCCAGAUAUACCUAUCCCAAAGCUGUAUGUCUUUGCUGCAUCGACAGGAGAAACGUUCACUCGGCUUGAGAGCCUGCCUUUUCUAAUGCGCGGCAUCCACCGCCUACGUUGCUGGCUGCGGUCACUGUUCAAGCUGCCUGUGCCUUCAUGCUAUGUCCGCAAUGACAGCCGACAUUUAAUGCCGUGCCACAAACCCCCAGCAGGUUAUCUAUUGGUCGAAUACAUCGAUGAAUCAAAGGGAUCUAUGCUAUCCAAUACGUGGCCCACGCAGCAUACGAGCUCGGAGUUGCGAAAUAAUUUCUUCCGUGAUCUCAGUCGGAUCUUCCUCAGUCUCGCCAAAAUUCCUCUUCAAAAGAUCGUAGACAUGCCUCGGGAUUAUACGUACUGUACGACCGAUGCAUACGUGGCAUCGGCAUUGGCUGCGAUGCGUGCCAUAUUUCCACUCUUCUUUCGUCGCGACCUUCGCCGGGGACCAUUCUUCUUCACUCUCACCGAUCUCCAUCAAAGCAACAUUCUGGUUGAUAAAUACUGGCAUAUCACGUGCCUGAUAGAUCUAGAGUGGGGAUGUUCCUUGCCAGCGGAGAUGAUCCAGCCACCGCAUUGGUUUACAAACAAAGCAGUGGAUCAGAUGGAUGCAGCGGAGUAUAACGACAUCCGGCUGGAGUUUAUGAACAUCCUAGAAGAGGAAGAACGAGCUCUAAAGGAUACUGGACUGACCUUGGAGCCAGAGAGUGUGUCUAGUAUCAUGAACCAAACCUGGGAAUCCGGUACCUUCUGGUUCAGUCUCGCCCUAACCAGUCCCACAGGAAUCUUCUCGUUGUUUCACAAACAUAUCCAACCGAUCAUGACAAAACAUUGCCCCGACCAUGGCGCAUUUCAUGAAAUAAUGCCAUGGUACUGGACGACAGAUACAGUGGGCAUAGCAAGACGCAAGCUAGCAGAUAAGAAAGAAUAUGAUAAUCGGCUCCGCGAAGCAUUCAGUAUCAGCAAUAAUGAGUAA